GUUACUGACGCAAUAUGGUUGAGACCAUUCGGGCUUAUGUUAGAGGGGUGCAAGGAAUAGUCUAAGUAGUGGGGGAGUUUUAUACACUAAAGGUGUGAACAUUCUCUUGCGUUAUAAUGGUUAUAAUAUCAGCGCGGCCGCGGUCAGAUCAAAAUGCCUCCGAAUGCAAUUUGAAUAGACCUACAGCCAAUCAGAGCAACAAAACGUUGCUGCGUAAUGCAUUACUGAUAGGCCUACGUCACGUUCACAGUGAAAAGUCCCCAAACUCGCGCCGAGAAAAUUGCAGAACUUCUAUGCUUCAUUGUAUAUUUCGGAUCAGAUGGAUAGAUUUCUUCUUAAACGCCCUCGCAUUGAGGUCGAACAAGUCGAACAGGUGCCAGAGUCACACGACCCACCUGAAGAGGAUGCCAGCCAGCGGGGACCCGAUGGGAUUGGAGAGGCCAGAGGUGGCGAAGAUGAGGAAAAUGUGGAGCAGGAAGCCGCUAACGUGAGCGACAUCAGCCAAGGAACUGAGUCUGCUAGCGACAUUAGCCAAGGACCCGGAGAUGGACCAAAACGUCCAAUUAGAAACAAUUAUCCGUCAAGACAGAUUGGAAGCCAGCAACGGUCUUUUAAUGGGGCCUGGUUUGACACAUACAGCUGGGUCGAAUAUUCAGUUGAAACUGACUCCGUGUUUUGCUUUGCCUGUCGUCAUUUUUUGGGUGCCGGGAAGCGAUUCCAUUCCGAGCCUGCCUUUACCAAUUGAUUUAAAAACUGGAAAAAUGCAACAGGAGCUUUCAAAAAACACAACGGGAGUGCAGCACACAGGUUUGCCAUGGAGGCAUGGGCUCAAUUUAAACAGACAACGAAAGAUGGCUCAAGACUGGGAAACAUGAUUGAUGCAGGUCAUUUAAAACUUGUGAAAGAAAACCGUGAGUACAUGAAGGCCGUGGUGAUGGCCUUACGUUAUACUGCAUGUCAAGGCAUUGCACAGCGAGGUCACCGGGAGCAGGAAGGUGAGGAGAACUCGGUUAAUAGGGGAAACUUCCGAGAGCUGCUACACUUAAUUGGUGAAUUUAACGUGACCGUAGCAAUGAAACUGAACGACAAUCCUCAAAAUGCUAAAUACACACAUCAAGACAUCCAAAACGAGAUUUUCCAGAUAAUGGCAGAUAUGGUCCGAAGUGAAAUAAGUGCAGAAAUUAGGGAAGCUGAAUGUUUCGCCCUAAUGGUGGACGAAACCAAAGAUGUCAGUAAAAGCGAGCAACUGUCCAUCGUUGUACGUUAUCUAAAAGGAGAACAAGUGCGUGAAGAAUUCCUGCACUUCAGACGCACAGAGGGCCUGGACGCCGACUCGCUCCUCAGUACCAUCAAACAGACGCUCAGCCAAUGCAACAUCGACCCACACAUGUGUGUUGGACAGUGUUACGAUGGGGCUGCUGUCAUGUCGGGAUGCAAGAACGGAGUACAGCAGAAGUUUAAAAAGGAGGUGCCAAAUGCCUUGUAUAUCCACUGCCAUGCACACAGAUUAAACCUUGUGUUGGUUGAUGUGGUCUGCAAUGUUGAAGCAGCAACUUUUUUGAAACUGUACAAAUGCUGUACAACUUCUUCGCCAACUCAGUCGCCCAUGAUAUUUUCAUAAAGAAACGGAGAGAAAUGGAGACAACUUCACAACCAGUUGAACUUAAGAACCUAUCGGAAACACGCUGGUCAUGUCAAUAUACAGCGCUGGUGGCUAUCCGCAAAUCACUGCCUGCAGUAAAGGCAACAUUUACAGAGAUCAUGUCUCAGCCCAAUGCGCGGAGGAAAACGGAGGCCAGAGCGGUGAGUGGACUAAUUGAUGAGCAGUUUGUCUUGCUUCUUACGCUUUUCGAGGAUCUUUUCCGUGUCACAAAAUUCAUGUCUGACCAGCUCCAAUCUCCCAGCCUUGAGCUGUCCUCCGCAAUGGACUUGGCUGAUUCGGUCAUAGCGACACUGACAGGCAGACGCGCAGAGGAGUCAUGGAGGGAAAUUCGGGACAGAGCAAGCGACCUGUGCACCAAAGCCAAUGUAAAUCACAAUGAGACACCCGAAAGGAGACAGGCACAGCCUCCUCGACAUCUACAGGAGUUUGUUGUGGAAGCCCAAAUCGAACGCACACCAGUUACAUCCCUAGAUGCGCUGCGCACAGAGUGUUUCUACCCAGUAAUCGACAGACUUGUGGUUGAAAUGAGAAGACGUUUCUCAACCGAGGCCGGUGGUGUCCUAUCCGGAGUGUCGGCACUCAGCCCCAAACAUGCAUCCUUCUUAGACAAAAAAUGUCUGCAACCCAUGGCCAAGUUCUAUGGAGUGACGGAAGAGAACCUGACCCCAGAGCUACACCAGGUUAAGCGCCUACUGGAAAGAAAGAAACAACAGGGACAUGAACUGAAGGACACAGCGGAAUUUCUGGCUUUAAUGCGACCCUACAAGGAUGCCUUUACGGAUUUACACAGACUAAUAUGCAUUUCCCUGACUCUGCCUGUGACCUCUGCUGGCUGCGAACGCAGCUUCUCCUGUCUCCGUCGCAUCAAAAAUUAUUUAAGAAACAGCAGUGGUGAUGCACGGAACAUCAACCUGGGCCUGCUGGCUAUCAAUAAGCAGAGGAGUAAGGCACUGGAUGUCCAGCGUGUCAUUGAUAUUUUCGCUUCCAACCACAACAACCGGCGGAUCGUGCUGCUUUGAGAACGUCAAUCACGUACAGCUGCUGGUGGUGGUUCAAGAAGAGCUUCUCCCUGACCAGCAGGAGUGGAGCUCCAGUCUGGACCAGGAGGACCCAGAGUCCCUCCCAUACAUUAAGCAAGAACAGCAGGAACUCAGGAUCAGUCAGGAGGGAGAGCAGCUUCAGGAGCUGGAGGAGGCUGAUAUCAUCAAGUCUACUUUCACUCCUGACUCUGUGAAGAGUGAAGAUGAUAAAGAGAAACCUCAGUCCUCACAGCCUCAUCAAAGACAAACUGAACACAUGGAAACAGAAGCUGAUGGAGAUGACUGUCGAGGACCAGAACCUGCCAGGAACUCAGUUCCAGAAAGCAGUUUACAACCAAAGACUGAGGACAACACUGGAGACUCUUCUGAACCUGACACUGGAGACUCUUCUGAACCUGACACUGGAGACUCUUCUGAACCUGACUCUGGAGACUCAUCUGAACCUGACACUGAAGACAGUGCGGAUUGGAAGGAGACCAGAGAACCUGCGUCAGACUCAACCUCACUGAAAAAUAGACAAGAAUCUGUCAGUGAUUCAAGCCGUAGUGCUGUAAAGAAACAAUUUGGUUGCUCUGUGUGUACAAAAUCUUUUACAUAUAAAAGCAAUGUUCAGCGACACAUGAGAGUCCACACAGGAGAGAAACCCUUUAGCUGCUCAGUUUGUACCAAAUCUUUUGCAUUGAGUGAAACUUUAAAAAAACACAUGAGAAUCCACACAGGAGAGAAACCAUACAGAUGCUCAGUCUGUAAGAAAUCUUUUUCACAGAGAGAACAUUUAAAGGAACACAUGAGAAUCCACACAGGAGAGAAACCACACAGCUGCUCAGUCUGUAAGAAAGCUUUUUCACAGAAUAUACAUUUAAAGAUACACAUGAGAGUCCACACAGGAGAGAAACCACACAGCUGCUCAGUUUGUAAGAAAUCUUUUUCACAGAAUAGAAAUUUAAAGGAACACAUGAAAAUCCACACAGGAGUGAAACCACAUAGCUGCUUAGUCUGUAAGAAAGCUUUUUCACAGAGUGGAGGUUUAAGAAAACACAUGAGAGUCCACACAGGGGAGGAAAUAUACAGCUGCAAUGUUUGUGACAGAAGAUUUAAAUGGCGUAGUGAUUUUAAACGACACAAGUGUGUUGGUCGUCAGUCCUUACAGCUUAAUGAAAUUCAAACUGAGGAUAACAGAGAGGCAGAGCCUCCAAUCAGCAGCUCAGCUGCACACAUGGAAACAGAAGCUGAUGGAGGACAAUGAAUAAGUCUUAUGACAGUUCACAUAUGAGAGAAUUCUGUCUGACUGGAUUAACAUUGUUACACAACAUUCAUAUAAGACUUAAAUGAACUCCAUCUUUAUCAACAUAAGUGGAGAAUAUGUUUAAUGUUUUUGUCAAACUGAUGUUCUGAUUUAUACGUUAACCACUGACUGUUGAUGAACCAUUUUAUUUUGGAUUAAGGGCUCCAAGUUUUCAUAUAGAGAUAUAGGAUGGUUUGAUGUUUUGUUCUUUAUUUCUAAAUGUUUUAUGUCAUUGCUAUCCUGUUCAUGAGUCCUGUUUUACAUAAAUGUACCUGUUAUCUGA